AUUCUUCCCAAAAGUCAGGUAUGGCAGCUUUGGGGAAGGGCUACCGGGUAGGAAUAAGCUCCCGGGAGUAGAUCACCCAGCAAGGCAGAGGUAGUGGUGAAGCCCUUAAUUUGUCGGUGAGAGGGUUCGCUCAGUUUUGGAAGGCAAUUGUGGAGUGAAAAACACGUUCCUCGCUGUGCCGCCUGGUCGGUGCUCAGCCCCUCCUGGUGAUACCUUGGGACCAGAAAUAAGGAGGCUCUAGAUCAGUCUCGAUGCCUCGGCUUUUGGUACUUGCUGCUUCCUGAAACCAGGGGAGUGUAAAUCGCGUCCCCGGCAAUCAGCGCUGCCUAAGAGAACGAGUGAACAGCGGCCUUGGCUCCGGCUCCCAGGAGCUGCCUCCUGACAACGACUCCGGUCCCUGGUCCGGAGCCGGGCACGGUUGUUGCGUCGGGAAUGGGGGGAAGGAGCAACCCGGAGUCCCCGGAGAGGAGGGAAAAUAAUUACGGCAGAGAAAGGGCAGGAAAAAAUUCUUAUGAGGAAGGAAGCAGCAAAUGCUAAAUCAGUGACUCAUGAACCCUGUGUUGUGUAAACGAACUGAUGGAUGAAGAUGAGAAGGACAGGGCAAAGAGGGCAUCACGUAACAAAUCUGAGAAGAAGAGGAGAGACCAGUUCAAUGUCCUCAUUAAAGAGCUUUGCACGAUGCUACAGGGCCAUGGCCACCCUCUCAAGAUGGACAAGUCCACAAUACUGCAGAGGACCAUCGACUUCUUACAGAAACAGAAAGAAAUCACAGCACAGACAGAAGCCUGUGAGAUUAGACAAGACUGGAAGCCUUCAUUUCUUAGCAACGAGGAGUUCACCCAGUUGAUGUUAGAGGCACUAGAUGGCUUUCUCAUUGCUCUUACCACUGAUGGGAUUAUUAUUUAUGUAUCUGAUAGUGUUUCAUCUCUGCUUGGACACUUACCGUCAGAUUUGGUGGACCAAAAUAUAUUAAACUUUCUGCCUGAGCGGGAGCAGAGCGAAGUGUACAAGCUCCUUUCUCCACAUAUGCUCAUGACAGAUCCUGUUGCAGCUGAUUUUCUGAACGCAGAAAAACAAAUAGAAUUUUGCUGCCAUUUAGCAAGAGGCAGCUUAGAUCCAAAUGAACCCCUGAUGUAUGAGUAUGUGAAAUUCGUAGUGGAUUUUAAGUAUUUUACUCAUGUGCCUACACCCUCCUGUAAUGGCUUUGAGUCAGCUAUUGCACGAGCUUUCAGGUCAGCCACGGAGGAGCAGAUUUGCCUUGUAGCAACUGUUCGUCUUGUCACACCGCAGUUCUUAAAGGAGCUCUGCAAUGUUGAAGAGCCAUGUGAAGAAUUUACAUCAAGGCAUAGUUUGGAAUGGAAGUUUUUAUUCUUGGACCACAGGGCUCCACCUAUUAUAGGAUAUUUACCUUUUGAGGUUCUAGGAACGUCAGGGUAUGAUUACUACCAUGCAGAUGACCUGGAGCUUCUUGCUAGGUGCCAUGAACACUUGAUGCAGUUUGGGAAAGGAAAGUCCUGUUACUAUCGGUUCCUGACCAAAGGCCAGCAGUGGAUCUGGCUGCAGACACACUACUACAUCACCUACCACCAGUGGAAUUCCAAGCCAGAGUUCAUCGUUUGCACUCACCUGGUAGUUAGUUAUGCAGAAGUUCGAGCUGAAAGGAGGAGAGAUCUUGGCCUUGAGGAGUCAUCAAUUGAACUGGCAUCCUCUUCUAUAAAGAGCCACAGCAGCUACCUGGACGUGGGGCAGUGCGGCAGCAGCCAGGACGCCAGCCGGGAGGGAGUGUCGCUGUCAUCCCACAGCUCCCGGCGCUCCUCGCACACGGCGCUCUCCGACUCUGCGUCCACCUCAUCCAUGCGACACACGGACACCAGCACACCCACACGGCCAUCGGUGCCAGGGGGACAGGCAGAGAAGACAGCCCUGCGGCUGGCAUCAGCUGGAAGCACUCAGGCCAUAGGCACUCCUCAAGCCCCUGGUGAACAUCCCGUGGCUCAGCUGGCAGUCCCCUCUCAGCACACUGUGAUGCCAGUGUACCAUUUUCCAACACAGCUGGGGAUGAUGCAUCAGCUGAAGGAGCAGCUGGAGGAGAGGACUCGCAUACUGCAAGCUGACAUCAAGACACAGCAAGAAGAGCUCCAUGUCAUCAAGGAGCAGCUCCAGCUAGUUCAGGACUCCAAUCUGCAGAUGCUGAUGCAGCAGCCCAUCCCUGUCGUGUUUAACAACGUGCAGCACCCGAGUCCCAGGAGGCCACCGCAACCACCAGGGACACCCAAGCAGACCACAGCCAAGAAGUCUCAACAGCAAGGCCUUAUGGGGACAAAACACUACUGCAGCACCCACCGGCCGUCACCGUUCCUCAGGGACCCCUGCAGCACGGCCACCCAGGUGCAGCAGCAGCAGCACCUAAUGAGAGGAAAUCAAGCCCAGCAAACCGGCCUACCAGGGCAGACGAGCAUUUCAGUGCCCCUCUACAACAACCCCAUGGUGUUGUCACAGACACAUCCCAUUGCAGUGACUGCACAGAUGCCAACUGACAGCAGCGAAAGGCAGCCUGACUACAGCCAGGACAGGAGCCUCAGGAUGCUGCUGGAUCAGUCUAUCCAAGCCAUGCUGCCCACCACCAACAGCAGUGGCCAGUCCACACAAAGCAGUGCCAGCAGGCAGCAAGGAAAAUUCGUUGCAGAGCAGCAGAUCUUGCCUCCUUCAAUACCCAUGUCACCAGUCACCUGUGGCACUGCCCGACCUCCAGCCCCAUCACCAGUUUUCUCCCCAUCUCUGAUGAUCCCACACACCAGCUUCACAGCCCACCAGGCAAACACCCCAGUUCAUCUCCACCAGUGGCCACAGCAACAGGUCCAGCAGCACCGUCUCUACCUUCAGAUGCAAGGUCCUGAGCCGGUGCCUGGGGCCCCAACGCCACGCAUUUUCCAGCCCCCACACACCCCGCAGCAGAACCCCCUGAGCUACUUCCUCCAUCCGCAGCAGCAGGGCCAGGCCUGCAGCCUGCCAGACCUGCACUCCGAGAUGCAGCUGCCCUGACUGCCAGGCCCGGGAGGCAGGGACCACAGUGGCGCAGCCGCUCGGCACCCUGGGCGCAUGCCAGGGGAGGAUGGUGCUGUCGGAGCGCGGGACGGGUGAGGUCGAGCCCCACGGGCAAGGUGGCUGCUGGAGAGACGGCCCCGGCUGGAAGGGGCACCUCCUUGGUUGGGAUGUCCGCGAAGCUGCUCUGCAGCCAUGCGUGCUCUUGCCCAGCACCACAGCACAUGGCCGCAGCGUUCUGGGUGCAGGCAGGUGAGUUACCAAGUCAUCACGAGGAGCACUUUGCAGUGGAGAAAACCCUUCUGCAUUCAGGACUUCAGUGCUGGAUUCACUGUGAAUUUACACUCAGCAUCUGGAGCACACAGGCAGGCUGCACCAGCCCGCAGGGCGCCACCGGGUUGCUGUGUACAUAACUCGUUUCACUGUAGUAGGUCCAUUGUGGAUUUUGUUUCCUUUUUUCUAUACCUCAGCCCCACGAUUGUUUUUGUUUCUCCAGGAGAUUGGAUGAUGCUGCUAAUUUACAUUACACCACUUUUGCCUGAAUUUCUUACUGUCGUUAUACCAGCUCACAUCACAGCUAGAAAGAUACUCGUCACGUUUUACUUUGGUUAACAAGAGCAGAUGAAUUUAUAUGAUUUUUACUCCUGUAGCCAAGUAUUUUUCAGGUUAGAGACAAAGAGAAUCCUUACUCCUCCUUUUUUUUUUGUUGUUCUGUUUCAAGUAAUGUAGUUGUAACUGUUUCUAUACGUGAAAACAAACAGAGGACAACAUAGGGUGGCAAACUUUGUGGUUUUGCUGGGUCGUGUUUCCAUUUGGCAAACCUGGAACGUUGUGAUCACAACCACACGAGCGAUGUUACAGAGCCCACAGGGUCAGCAAUAAAUUGUAUUUUUGUAAAUUGUCACUUUUUAACUAUAAGUUUAUAUUUAUGAGUUGAAAAAAAAAAAAGAGAGAAAAGAGAAGAGAAAACCAAACAGUGUAUUCUUCAGUGGAUAUAUAUAUAGAGUGAAUUGUCCCUACUGUUUGUGUCUCUCCAAAGGAAAGAGGAAAAUGUGCUUUUUUUGAGGCGUUAGUAGCUGAGUGCUAACUCUGGGCACUGUUGGAGCCCAAAUCUAGGAGAUGGGUUAGGCCAUUGCUUUAAGCUCUGCAAGGAAAUGCUUGGUUAGGACCAGGCCCAUCUGGCAGUCAAGGCAAGGUUUAGAGAUGGGUUAGUUCAUAACCUCUGUUGAAUCCAAGCAAAGCUCGGUUUUGGGGGGAGAGGGGGGUGUUGCCUUUUUUUUUUUUUAGGCAUUUUGCUCUUUUGCAAGACGCUUCCUUGGCUCUUCACACCACUGCAGCAGCUGGACUGCUGCACCACUCAGCUCUUAGCAUAGUGAUGGGGCAGCCUCGGGCAGGAUCGACCCCAAGCAGCCCUGUGCAAGGAAAGGGGGUGUAGUUAACAUGCAAAAAACCAGUUAUAGGUAACAGGACAUACAUUAUCCAGUGUUAGAGCUAUCUAAUGCUGCAGAUACAGCUGUACCUGUAUCCAGGCAGCUUGCUCCCUUCUCCCCACCAGCCCCAUGUGUUUUCUGCGCAGGAAACAUGUUUCUGCAGCACCAGGAAGAUUUUGUUAACUCUGGGGCCAGGCACCAGUGUGUGCACUCAGUAUCACAGGGACAGAAAACCUGACACUUUCAGCCGUGACCGAAACAGUUUGCAGCAGACCGAGUUACCCAGAGAGCUCAGGAAUGGACAGAUCUGCCCCAGACGGGGCUUUGUCUGCAGCCUUUCUGCAGUGUCACUCGAUGCCAACUCCAGCUGUGCUCUAGCUCUGCUGCACAAAGGACUGUUUCUCACACACUGUUUUCUUCUCCCUGAGGAAGGGGACAGAGUUUUGAUGUGUCACAUUGUCAGUGGUUGUGAUGGGAGACAAGCUGCCAGAGUAGGGUGCAGUUGCACCAUUCGGGAUCUUUUGCUGGGGGCUGGUGCAAGCCAUUGGGCUGCUUUGGUGUUUUGGCUCUGGCCAAAGCUGUGCAAGCCUUGGCUCUCCAUAGGACUCCUCCUGUGGCAAAAGCAUUGACUUUGGCCAGCACUGAAGGGGUGCAGACUGCAAAGCAGGCAGAGGGGAGGUGCAGCCCCCUGGCCACGAGCAGGUUUCUGGGGAGUGCAGUGGGCAAUAGGAUGGAGUCCAGGAGGUGUCAGGCAUUAGCCUCAAGGUUACAACGUCAGGGCUGGGGCACCCUGCAAGUAACUGUGGCUACAGCAGAGCCAUGGCCCAAAGCCCCCUCACUGUUGGUAGUGGGAUGCAGAGCACCUGCGUUAUUUGUGGCGCAAUCUGGAGCCUCAGCCCUUGACUCUUAGAGCUCAAGUCUUGGGGUGCAAACGUUGGCCUGUCUUUUCUGCCCCAAGCAGUGUGUCCUACAACAUGGUGCUUGGGGCUGCAACAAAGGCCAGCACAGACACUCUGAGGCUCUCUGAGACAAUUGUCUGUUUUUUUCUUGAGUGCUCCUAUGUUUUUACCCUCCCCAUCCCAAGACAACAGGGCUGCUCACGAGUCAGGGGCAGGAGAAGUUGCUCAGUUUUUGGUUCAGGUUGUUUUGUUGUUGUGUGUCCAUCCCCCCCAUUGUCUCCCACCCCCAGCACAUGCUGUUAGGGGACAGACAAACGCGUGUGUGGCUGGCCGGAGGGAAAGGCCAUGCAUUUCCGAGUCUGGCCCACUAACCUUGCAUCACCCCAGCACAUUGCCAUGGCUGCUCUGCAGGGUCUCAGUGCUGUGCAUGGGCCCAGCCAUGGCAAGUGUCAAUCAAAUGUAUCUUGGAGGAGGUGGUGGUUGGAGCCAGGGCCGUGGGGAAGGGUGCUGGGCUUUUUUAAUAGGGCUUAGUAGAGCGGUAGCCAAGGCACAGCAGCUUUAUGGCUUCGCUGUGGCUUUGAAGCCAAGUCUAGCAAAUGAGGGUUGGGAAGGGGUUUGGGGGGAGGUGGGAGGGUGAAGGGGUGCCGGAUGGGGCUGUGCUAUGGACACAGGCCUUCUGAUGGCAGCUCUGGGCUGCACAGACAGGGAGGGCUGAGGUAGGGAAGGUGGCACUGCUACCUCUGCAGCCCCUCAGCAAGAAGCACAGGAGGUUUGCAAGGAUGUUUACAUGUUAGGUUGGCCUUGCUAAAACAAUGACCUAAGAAAUGCACUUUAUCACGUGCCCCCUUCCUUUAUUCCCAAUGCCCAGCCCAGCCCAGCUGCUGGUGGGCAGUAGGUGACUGCAGCAUCCCAGGCGCUGCCGCACAGGUACAGCCGUGCUUUCCUGAUAUGCUUCAAAGGACAAAGUCCCACAGACCCUUUUUGUGGCUGGCUUGGUUCCUGCUCUGUCUUUCUCCAGGCUGGGGGAAGGCUGAGCCAGGGCCAUGGGAUUUUUGCCUUAUCUUGUCACUCAUUCUAAAAAAAAAACCCACACAAAUAAAUAAAGAUCUUUAUUCAGGUUGAUUUGUAUUUGUUUACCUCUGUGUUAGCUAUGACCUGUGUUUUGGGGAUCCACCUGGAAUUGAGGGUUGCUGGUGGGUUUGGUUCACACACCCCUGGGUGCUUAGAAUACAAGCUUGACUUGGUGGUGGCAAGCAGAUGGUGGGAAUGUGACAGAUGCUGCUGGCAGAGUUGGGCUCCAGCAUCAGUGUCAACUUAUUAGUCAUUAAUGUUCUGAGGCUUUCUAGUUCCCAAGCACCUAUAUCUCUCUCUAUAUAUAUAGAUAUACAGAUAUAUGUAUUUUUAAUAUACAUAUACCUAUAGGUACAUGUAUAUCUAUAUUAAUAUAUAUAUAUAUAUAUGUAGGCCACACAAUUCCAGACCUCUGAAAACACAGGCAGCUUUAAUGAAUAAAGUCUUGCACUUUUAGCAUAUAUGUAUAUAUAAGCUAAAGCCUGGUGGGUAUCAUCAGGCUAGUUUGACAAACACAGUGAAAAGUUUUCCUGUAUAUAUUGUAUAUACUCUGUGUAAAAAACAAAAAAAGAUAAAGGAAAGGAAAAAAAAAAAAAGACAAUAAGAAAAAUCUUAGAGCUGAGUAUAAAUCUUGUUUUAUUUUCUAUGAUGUCAAAUAUAGAGACAUUUAUAAAUGUUACUAUUCUUAAAAGUAUUUUGUAAUGGGAAAAAAAAAAAAAAAGGAAGUGUCUUAUGAAGAUGAGCAGUAAAGAUUUUAUUCUUGUCUCGAAUCUCUGUCCCUGCACAGCUCCAUUGAGUGGGAGCUCGUGUGUUUUGACAAGCUUUAAACAGAUUGUACAUAGUAUUUAAAAAAAAAAAAAAAGGAAAAAUAGUAAAAAAAAGAAAGAGAAAUAAAAUAAUACUUGUAAGACCUCUUA